AUGAUACGCUUGUUCCAGCCCCUCUUAAUCCUUCUCUCUGCCCUCCUCGCAACCGUCAAAGCCGAAAAGACCAAUUAUAUGAUCAACCCUGUCUACAUCAACGGAAAAAGUCCAGUUUGGACACUCGGUGACCAGAAAGUGGUUGCAUGGAAAACAGACCUACCAGUGUUCAACGUAUCUAUAUGGCAGCAGAGUCUAUUAGGAGGAGGCGCCUACACUCGAGGCAACGUAUACGCCCAAGUCCACGAAAAGGACCAUGUAUCGAACUUCACCUGGACUGUCCAACUCUACGGCUUCGAUCUGGAUUAUUCACCCACAUUCUUCUUCUGGAUCAACCCUGGGCCAGGCGGUUUCCCCUCUGCCUAUUUCAACAUAACCGAAAGAUCAUCGACGGCAAAGACCACGCCUUCGAUUCCAGUCAAUUCAACUUUGGCAUCUUCGUUCCCUUCCUCUGAUACUACCGUCAGCCCGACCGAUCAACCGCCAGCACUCACAACGACAGCAAAGCUUGCACUCGGACUCGGCGUUGGGAUAGGCGUUCCUAUACUAGUUGCAAUGGCUACACUUGUUUAG